AUGCACCGAAACGAGAUCAAGAGCGGAAGAGCGUUGAUCACUCCCGACGUGGCACGGGAGAUAUACAUGUACUCACAAGAAAGAAUUCAAGCUGGGUCAACAUUCUCUCCAACAAGUGUCAGCGCUGCCCUCGGAGCAAAGUAUGGAAUUACAGCGAAGGCUGUUAGAGACAUAUGGAACAAGCGUACGUGGAGUCAUGCAACAUAUUUGCUAUGGACUGACGAGGACAAGCGAAUAUACAAGCAAAAAGUGGACUCAUUUGACAGGCAGAAAUUGAAAGCGGAAAUUUCCUCACAGGACGUACAUGUCCACACAAAGAUGACAGACUCGCUCCCAACAGAGCACAGGAAGAAGGACGAAGGGGGAGCAAGAAGUGAAGUUCGAAGUGCUGGCUCAAAGAGCAGCUUCAGUGAUAACGACGAAGGCAUUGCUCAGGCAUCGGUAGGCUCGCAUUCAGAUUCACAAUGUGCGGUAGUGAAAGCAUUACCUGAAGUUGCGAAGCAACCUUCACGCAUGUUUAAUGAUGCCUGGAUGAUGUGUCCUGACAGAAUCGGUCUUUUCCUCAGCGAGAGGCCAGAGAUCCAGUUCACCUCCGACCGUGUAGCAAUCCAAGACACAUUUACACCCGCAAGCGGGAAAUCUCUCUUUCGGGUUGAUCAUGAUCGAAAUCAGGGACCUCAAUUAUGA